CUUUCUUGAGCAACCCCCCCGAUUCUACCUUGACCAAAGCGCAAUCCUCCUCGCACCUCUGCAAACGCCCUCUCUCAACGUCUUUCUCUCUCCUACGCCUCUCUUCUCCCCUUCAGCUCUCUUUUCUCAGAGGACGCCACAAUGGCUGGUCGAUUUGUCCGGGCGUCCAAGUACCGACACAUCUUUGGCAAGCCCACAAAGAAGGAGUUUUGCUACGAUAACCUGCGCAUCAGCCGAAAUGCCUGGGACACGAACCUGGUCAAGGCCAACGCCGAGUACCUGUCGGUCAAUUGGGAGUCUUCUGGAGGCGGCGCCUUUGCAGUUAUCCCUCUGAGCGAGAAGGGCAAAGCUCCUGAUCAGAUCCCUCUGUUUCGCGGACACACUGCGACUGUGCUCGACACUGACUGGAACCCGUUCAACGAUCACAUUAUCGCCUCUGCCUCUGAAGACGGAAAGGUCUUUAUCUGGGAGGUCCCGAAGGACUUCUCGCUCUACACUGAUGCUGAGGUGAUCCCCGAUGUAUCACCAGUCAGCAAGCUCGGAGGUCACACGAGAAAAGUCGGACAGGUCCUGUUCAACCCCGCCGCCGAAAACAUCCUCGCUUCGGCCUCCGGCGACUUCACAAUCAAGCUUUGGGACGUUGGCACCGGCCAGAGCCACCUGACUCUCCAACACACCGACAUCGUACAGAGCUUGUCAUGGAACGCGAGCGGCAACCUGCUUGUGACGACGUCGAGAGACAAGAAGAUCCGAGUGUGGGAUGUCCGCCAGGAGAAGCCUGUGCAUGAGGCAGCAGGCCACACGGGUGCCAAGAACAGCAGAGCAGUCUGGAUGGGCGAGCACAACCGAUUUGCCACGACUGGUUUCUCCAAGAUGAGCGAGCGACAGAUUGCUUUGUGGGAGCCCGGUCGCAGCGAUCCCAUCGGCGGAUUCACUCAUCUGGAUGCCAUCUCUGGAGUCUGCAUGCCAUUCUGGGACGAAGGUUCCAACUGCCUCUACCUUGCUGGCAAGGGUGACGGCAACAUCCGCUACUACGAGUACGAGAAUGACAAGUUUGAGUACCUGAGCGAAUACAAGUCCGCAGAUCCUCAGCGAGGUAUCGCCUUUGUUCCGCGACGCGGUAUCAACGUUCACGAGAACGAGGUUAUGCGCGCCUUCAAGACGGUAAAUGACAACUACAUCGAGCCCAUCUCCUUCACUGUGCCCCGUAGAGCAGAGACCUUCCAAUCAGAUAUUUUCCCUCCCGCCAUUGGAACUCGUCCUGCCAUGAGCGCCAAGGAGUGGCUCGAUGGCAAAACCGAUAUUCCUGCAAAGAUUGAUUUGGAGAGUGUCUACGAGGGGACUGCUCCCAAGGAGGUUGCCGCCAACUACCAGCCGCCGGCCCCAGUUGCUGCUCCAGCCCCCGUUGUUGAGCCCAAGAAGGAGGAGCCCAAGGAGGAGCCUAAGCCGGCUUUCCGAGCUCCCGUCAGCGUCAACGACCAGAAGAGCUCGAUUGCUGCUAUGGCCAACAAGUACCAAGACACUGAGGAAGAGGAGCCCAAGAAGGAGGAGCCAUCAAGCUUUGAUGAGGAAGUCAAGCCAGCUCAUCGGGCUCCUCUCCCCAUUCGAUCAGAAUCGAAGCCUGCCGCUCCUCCGGUUGCAAGCCCUGCUCCAGCUCCCGUUAAAGCAGCUUCCGCACCCGCUCCCGCCCCCGCCGCUGCCGCUUCCAGUGAUGCCGCGACCUCCUUAUCCGAGAUUAAGGAGCUGAUUGAGAACCAGACGAAGAUAAUCAGUGCACAGAACGACCAGAUUGGGCUCCUCACCUCCGAGGUCGAAUCCCUAAAGAAGCGUCUUGGAUCAGGAUCCCAGGACCAGAGCGAGCGAAUCAGACAGCUGGAGCUGGAGCUGGAAGAGGCUCGAUCCUAAAUUGGCGCCUUGCCAAUGCAGCAGUACAUAGUAUCACGGCCUAUCUAUUUACCCGCGUCUGUCCAACCCAUUCUAUCUAUGAUCCUGUGUGCGACGUUGCCGUUUAUCAAGGGGGGCGGGAAAGAGGGAAUAAGCAAAGGGAUCUUGGAAAGAAAAGAAAAAGCAAAGAAAAAAAAAAAGACCCCCUCUCACCCGAAGAGGGAAAGAAAAGCGAGAGCAGGAAGAAAAGAAGAGAGGAUAAGACUAUACAGAGACGCAACGUUUUGAUCAAGGGAGGAUGUGAAGGAGGAUUCAUGCAAGGGCGAGAGCA